UUUUUUUUCUGAUUGUAGAAUAACUUGGCCACUCUAAUCCUUUUUCCUACCGACGUCAACGAAGGAAGUCACGUGCUGUUCUUGAACUUUUGGUACUAAUUUCUUACCGCUGGAAUGAAAUCACAGGCUCAGAAAAAGAAUGCCCCCAAGGCCAAAUCAAAGGCUCCAGAGCCGGCGAAGAAAGCCCAAGCUAAGGUGGCUCCCGUAGAAAGCGCCACUGCAUCCGCGGCUCCGCCUUUGUCCUCGAAAAAGGUGGCCAAAGCUCCGGCCGUGGCUCUGAAGAAUCUCGAGUUGGCCAAGAAGGAAACGGCCAAGAAGACCAGCGAAACUGCUGACCAGAAGCCAAAGAAAGCUCAGACUGCUCCUCGCAAGAACUCGAGCCAAGUGCCGGACCCAGUUGCUCCUGCGAUGGCCACCAAAAAGAGAUCGGCGCAUGCUACACGUGGCAACGCGGUCAAAGCCACGGGUGCUGCCGCCAAAAGGGCAGCCCCGGUCCAGGAAGAGCCCAAGGAGCAGGCUUCCACGGAACCCAAAGCAGACAAAAGCGAAGUGCCAGCAACCAAAGUGGCAAAGGCCACCAAAAGUGUCGGAAAGAGCAGCGCUGCUCCGGCGACCCAGAAACCGAAGCCAAAGCGGGCCAAGAAUGUGCUGCGUGGAAAAAGGUCCAAGAAGAAGAUAUUGCAGCGUUUUGUCAUCGACUGCGCAUGCGUGGUCGAGGACUUGAUUCUGGAUGUCUCCGACUUCGAGAAGUACUUGAAGACGCACAUCAAGAUCAAUAACAAGGUCAACCAGCUGAAGGACCAGGUCACCUUCGAGCGGGCCAAGAACUCCUCGCUGAUCAUCCACUCCGGCGUGCACUUCUCCAAGCGCUACUUCAAGUACCUGGCCAAGCGGUAUCUGAAGAAGCACAGUCUGCGCGAUUGGGUGCGAGUGGUGUCCACUGCUAAGGACACCUUCGCCAUGCGCUACUUCAAGAUCCAGGGCAAGGACGAUGACGACGACGUCGAGGACAACGACAGGGAAACCUUUGUCUAAACCAAAGAGCUGUACAAAUGUGUAAACUUCUUAAAUUUGUCAGUAUACUUCUGUUAAAUCGCCGCUUGAAGUUUCACUAGUUCUGCAUGCUUUCCCUACAACUUUUGCAAAUGUAUUUUGAACACAAGAUAUUCAACCAUGAAAUAUCAAUAAAAAAAAUAUGUAUUCCCGA